AAAAAACCUGCAUGGUGAGACUAGGAUUCUGCAAAAAGAAACGAAUGCUGUGAGCAUGGGUUCUCUCUCUUGAAUAAUAUUUAGCUUCCUCUCCGCCAAAGGCACAUUCACAAAAAAAUACCAUAUUCUUUGCUACAAGUCUGGGUAGCCGGAGAUGCCCAAAUAUCUGUGAUAUAACAAUGAGAAGACGGAUAUGGUGGCUCGAUUCAUGUGAGGAGAAUGAAAAUGAUAACAAUGGCAGUUUGGUGGCUGCUCCAACACUUACAAAUCUUGUUAAGAAUUGUCUGGGUUGCGGGCAUCACUCCAAUUGUCAUUGCCUCGAUUCUUCAUCGCCAUGUAGGUGCACUCCGUAGAUUUAUCCUUGUUGCCGCAAGCAGAGGCAAGCUCAUGAACAAUGCGAAAACUAGAUGGAGUGUCCCGCAGAGCUACUUCCUGCAUUUCUACUUGGUGAGCGUGACGUGGACCACGUUUCUCUUGGUUUGCAUGUCAUACUUUGCUCACUGUACCACUGCAACUACUUCGUCAGACUCUCUGAGGUACUCCAGUGUUGCAAGCUACAUAGCAGGAGGCGUUGACGCGCUGUCAUUUGCAAAGCCCCCUUACAUCCUGGCAGAGUACAAUAAGCAGGCAUGGAAAACCGUCUUGGUGCUGCUACUGAUAGAAGCACAAGUGGUGAGACGGUUGUAUGAGACGGUGUAUGUGUUUAAUUACUGCCAUUCUGCUCGGAUGCACAUAUUGGGGUAUCUCACCGGAAUGGUUUUCUACAUUGCAGCACCUUUAUCAGUGUGCAGUUUGUGUUACCCAGAGGUGUUCUCUUAUAUCAUCUCCCAAUCAAUCAACUCAAUUUUUCGAAAAGAAGCUCAUAUAGAAGACACAGAGUUCACAGAGUUCAAAGUAUUAGAAUAUGGAAUUUCUCUUUUGAAAUUGGGAUGGCGGCAGUGGACUGGUACUAUUAUUUUUAUUUGGGGAUCAAUUCAUCAACAUCGGUGCCAUAAUAUAUUGGGAUCUUUGCGAACUGAAAAUCAAGAAGAGUCAACUGAUUAUUUUAUUCCAUAUGGCGAUUGGUUUGAGAUUGUAUCUUGUCCUCACUAUUUGGCAGAGAUUGUUAUAUAUGCCGGUGUUUUAAUUGCAACUGGGGGUUUGGACCUCACAGUCUGGCUUCUCUUUGGAUUUGUGGAUCCCGUCAGGUGUGAGGGUAGCGAUCCUUCAAAAAGGGGUGCUACCAAAUAGGAUGCAUCGUGGCUUUCCACCACGAUGGGGGGUUAGGAUAAAUGCCUUCCCCCGAAGUCUGCCAGCAGGGAUAAAGACGGGUAAGUUCAGUGUCAGGUACGUAUAAGCAUCAAUCUCCUGAGUUAGCAUUAGAGUAUAUAUCAGCCAGUAUGAUAUACUAAUGGGGAUUUGAAAAUGGAGAACCCAAUGAGGAGGGGUAGUGCCCCUCAUGGGGGUUUGAGGGCAAUGCCCCUAAUGAGGUCAAGGGGCAGCACCCUUGUGAGGGUUUGGGGGCAACACCUCCAACAGGGUCGAGGGACAGCCAAGCCCAAGUUAAGGCUUCUGAAACCUUUACCACCAAUGAAAAUCGUGUUUUUUAACUGCAUGCAAGCAAAAAUAAAUUAUAUGAAUUUGGAGGAGUUUUUAAUAUAAAACUUGCAAUUUCUUGCCUUUCCUUGAGAGCUUUAUAGGAAAAAGUCGCUGAGAUGUUUUUCAAAAACUUUUUUUUGGGCGAGUAACUCGCCUGGCAUUUUGACUUGGGAGUACUCGCAAGUCAAAAGAGUUUUUGGGGAGUUUUUGAACAGAGCGAUUACCAAUUAGAUGUCUUUUAGUCAUGGUUGCAACUUAUAU